AUGGUUGGCACUGCUGACGUUUCCUACUUAUUGGUGAAUCUCACACCGUUUCAAAAGGACUUGAUUGAGAUUUUGAUAUCAUUAAACGCCAAGGCAUUUGAAGAAGAAUUUAAUACUUCCAAUGAUCAAACCACGACUUCACCUGAUGAGGAUGAAAAAAUGUAUCCACGUUUAUCUGGAAAACAGAUGAUGUACAUGUUUGAUAAUAAUUUCCGAGCUGUUGCUAAUCAUCCUUGUCUGUUGGUGGAUCAUUAUAUGCCAAGACAGUUUCUUCGAAAGGAACCAAACGAAAAUUUGAUCAAUACGAGUGACAAGUUCAAGAGGCUUCAACAGUUGCUAUUUGGGUUUAUCGAGAGGGACCGGGCUCAAUUCCCGCAACUUUUAAAGAUAUGUUUGAUCUCACAUAGUGUCCGCGAGUUAGACUUGCUCGAAGGACUGAUAUUAGGGCAAAGAGUGAGGAUCAAAAGACUCUCGGGAACUUCAUUGUACGAUGAACGUCACGUUUAUGAUGAAAAGCCAACGAUCACAAAAUCGGGCGACAACGAAUCGAGAGAUGGAACACCAUUUAAUGAGUCGGGGGCUAAUAGAUACACAGGAUAUUCAAGAGAUGAUUAUGAUUACUCAUUGAAGAGACAGAAAAGGAACAACAACACGACUAAAGACGAUUGGAUUUUCCUCACUACAACAGCUCAUCUAAUAAAUGACCCUUCGUUACUGAAUGACUAUGAAAUCGAUUACAUCAUUAGCUUCGACCCUUUACUGGACCCAUCUUUGCCAGCAUUAGAGAGAAUCAAUAUCAAGGCAAAGAAAAGUAUUCCUAUUAUCAAGUUUUUGGUGGCUGACUCCCCUGAUCAUUACAUCCUGGCACACACUCCGAAGGGAGAGUACGGUCAGUUUGAAGAUGUCAAGAAAUCAAUCAACCAUUUUCUGCGCACAAGACAUUUGAAGCGUGAUGGAAGUGAUGAAGUGGACUAUCACAAGAUUGUUUCUUCUCUUUUAAGAGGUGAACAGGUAGCGGGUUUACUUCCUGACAUCGAAUUGUCGCCCAUAGAGAACAGUCCCUCAUCAUAUGAGCCUCUUAUGACCCCGUUGAAAUUCUCCGAGCAUCACCUCACGGUCGAUAAAGCUGUAUAUGAUAUGAAAUCGUACCAGUCGGAGCUAACGAAACGGGUCGUAGAGAGACUCUUGGAUGUUCAAAACGAGUCGCAGCACAUGAUUGAAUUUUUGGCUAAAGAUAAGCUUCGAGAAACGGAAAGACAAAAUAAGUUUGACGAGAUGAAGGCGGAUAUUGCUGCCAAGUUCAAAAAGUUUCAAGAGGUUGAAAAGACAGUCAAUGACUCUGAAAAGAGGUUGGAAAGGUGUCAAACAGAGGCCGAUAAAUUAGAUCAAAGACUGCAAACACUGAACAAUGACCAGGACGAAUUGAAAAGUCUUACCAGUUUAGAGAAUGAGGUCGACGUAACAACUACCAUUCGCGAAUACACUGAAAGAAGCAACAGGCUGCAAUCAGAACUCGAACAACUUGAAAAAUCUAAUCAAGAAAAGAGCAACCAAAACGAGCAAUUAAGAAGUGAUUAUCAACAUAAAUCUUCUUUGGCUGCAGAGCAAGCUCAACGUCUAACAACCUUGAAAAGUUCCCAGGAGCAAUUGAUCAAAGAUGCUACAGGUCCUGCUCCUUCAAUUCCCACGGAAAUGCUAAGGAACCAGGAGAGCCGGCUGAAAGAAGAGCUCAAUAUCCUAAAAAAGCAAGCUCAAUUUUACAAUGCCUAUAUCAACAAAAUGACAACCCGAUAUGAUCUAAAAUUACAGUCUAAUGAUGACGGAAAUUCAUUAAAUUCUUCCUCUUCCUCGCUAAAUGGUAGAUCUUCCGGGCAUAGCUCCCGAUUCCGCUCUACAAGAUCCAACACUCCCACCUAUACCUAG